AUGAUGAAUCCUACUAAAAAUGGUGCUUCAGCUUUCAACAAAGGUUCAUCAUCGCUAAAAGUGGUACACAAGUAUGGUCCAUGCAAUCGACACAAAAAAUCAAUUCCUCCGCCCUCCUUCACCGAAAUCCUCCGUCGAGACAAGCUUCGAGUGGACUCGAUUAUUCAGGCCAGGCGUUCGAUGAACUUGGUUGGCAAUGUUGAGCGCUUGAAGAGGAGUACGGUCCCGUUCCAUGGUUUAUCCAAAACCAGUGCAAGUGACUAUGUUCUCAAUGUUGGUUUGGGCACGCCAAAGAAGGAAUUUCCCCUCGUAUUUGACACAGGCAGUGGCCUCAUUUGGACUCAAUGUAAGCCAUGCAAGCCUUGCUCUCGAAAGGCACCAGUGUUUGAUCCAACCAAAUCAACAUCAUUCAAAGGCAUUCCAUGUUCCUCAAAGCAGUGCCAAGGAAUCGAACAAGAAGGUAAUAAUAAGUAUGCUCCUCUUCGAGUGCACGAUCGAUUAUCCGGUGAUUUAGGUGAAGAAAAUUCGGGUAUAUUUGGACUGAACCGCGAACCAAUAUCUUUUCCAUCCCAAACUGCUGACAAAUACAACAAACUCUUCUCUUAUUGUAUACCAUCAACUCCCGGCUCAACUGGUUACCUUACUUUCGGCAGUAAAGUUUCGAAGGAUGUGAAAUUUUCUCACGUAUCCAAAAGAGCACCAUCUUCAGACUACGACAUCGAAAUGACUGGAAUUAGUGUCGGAGGCCGUAAAAUAUUGAUAGAUGCAACGGUUUUCAAGAUUCGUUGCACCAUUGACUCUGGUGCAGUGUACAGUUAUCUGCCUCCGAAGGCAUACUCGGUGCUCAGAUCAGUGUUCGGAGAAAUGAUGAAAAGUUAUCCUAUGGUGGACGUAGAUGACUCUCUAGACACAUGCUAUAACUUCAGGAAUUAUAAGACGGUAACAAUACCUGCGGUUAGUGUGUUCUUCAAAGGUGAGGUUCAGGUGGAUAUCGAUGUGUCGGGGAUCAUGGUCAGGGUUGACGAGUACAAGGUGUACUGCUUGGCAUUUGCAGCACUGGACGAAGAAUAUGCAAUCCUUGGGAAUACUCAGCAACGGACUCACAGAGUCUUCUUUGAUGGUGCAAAAGAAAGGAUUGGAUUUGCCCCUGGUGGCUGUGACUAA